AUGUUUGUGCUCUGCAUCGCGCUUGUCGCGGCAAGUUCGCGCUUCGUGGAGAGGGCUGCCAUGUCUUGGCGGUCGCCGAGGCUUUGGAGAUUUUGGGAAAUUUUGGAAGCGUGACCAUCUAGGUAGAUCGCAACUUCUCGAAAUAUAUCCAUUGCAAGGAUCCCACAAAAAUAUACAAUGAGUGUGACCAACGAAUCAGGCGUGUCGCAGGGCCAAAAACGCAAGCGAGAAGAGAAGGACGUGAACAACAAGAAGUCACCAGGCGAUAAACCAAUCUACAAGAACUUGCAGCUCGCCGAAUCACAAAAGGACGCUCCGAAGAAAUCGAUAUACAAGAACAUACAAAUCGCCGAUACACUGAAGGCACAAUCUAAAGCAAAGAAGCAACGCCUUGACAAGUCGCAAAGGCCACAGCCCAAGUUCAAGAACCUGCAAAUCGCCGAGCCGCAAAAGACAGAGUCAAGAGGAGCGCAGAGCGAGAAGGCACAGGAGAAUCAGUCGCAAAGGGAGAACACAAGAGACAACAGAACACACAACCCGCUUGCGGCGCGACAGAACAAGCUACUGCAAGUGCGCCAACAACUCCCCAUCUGGCCAGAAGCCACAAACAUCCGCAAUGCACUUCUCGAAAACCACGUCUUGAUCCUUGCUGGUGAGACUGGUAGUGGUAAAUCAACCCAGGUCCCGCAGUUCCUCGAGACUUCUGUAUGGUGUACUGGACGCAUCGCCGUCACCCAGCCUCGUCGUGUCGCUGCUGUCUCGCUUGCUCGCCGUGUCGCCGAUGAGAUGGGCACACCACUUGGAAAAAGCCCGCAAUCUUUGGUUGGUUACAAUGUGCGUUUCGAUGACAAUGUCGGCAAGAACAACAGAAUCAAGUUCCUGACCGAGGGAAUGUUGUUGCAAGAGAUGUUGAGAGAUCCUGCCUUGACUGAAUACAGUUGCGUCGUUGUCGAUGAAGUUCACGAGCGAAGUGUCAACGUAGACUUGCUUCUCGGUUUCCUGAGAGGUCUUGUAACUGGUACAAGUGAAGCGGUCAAGAAGCGAAAAGGCAAGCCUCUCAAGGUUGUUGUCAUGAGUGCUACAGCCGACACCGAGAAAUUGAAGGAUUUCUUCGGCGAGGGCUUCGAACAGGUGCCAGCCAAAGGCAGCAUAACUACUUUUGGCGAUGAGCCAACGAGCUCGACAAAGGAUGAGACACUGGUGGAUAAAUCGCAAGAACUCUCCACUUCAGCCUCAGGCAAGAUUUCAACAUGUUUCGUCGAAGGCAGAAUGUAUCCCGUACAAACAGAAUAUCUUUCUGAGCCGACACGAGACUUUUCAGAAGCAGCCUUGUUACAGAUCUUCCAGAUCCACCGCAAGGAGCCCAUGCCUGGAGACAUUCUGGUUUUCUUGACUGGACAAGAUGUUGUCACCGAUCUACAACAAGCCAUCGAAGACAUGAUUCCGAACGUCAUCACCAGGGACUCUGGUUUGCCUAAACUUGUUGUCCUACCACUUUUCGCCGCUCUUCCUCAGGCUCAGCAACAAGCUAUCUUCGCACCCGCCCCUCCAAACACACGAAAAGUCAUCUUGGCAACCAACAUCGCUGAGACAUCCAUUACUGUACCUGGUGUUCGCUUCGUCGUUGAUAGUGGAAAGGCCAAGGUCAAGCAGUUCCGUGUUGGUCUUGGUCUUGACUCGCUCCUCGUCAAGGACAUCUCAAAGUCAUCCGCAAUCCAACGUCAAGGUCGUGCAGGAAGAGAAGCAGCCGGUAAAUGUUUCCGCCUCUACACGAAGUCCAACUUCGAAGCUCUGGAGAAGGACGCCAUCCCGGAGAUCUUGCGAUGUGACUUGAGUUCUGCCGUGCUCACGAUGAAAGCGAGGGGCAUUCAGGAUGUCAUGAACUUCCCUCUUUUGACACGCCCGACAAGAGAAGCCAUGGAGCGCGCAUUGCUACAUCUCCUUCAACUCGACACGUUGAAGCCAGAAGAUGGAGAUAUCAGCGAUCUGGGUCGCAAAAUCGCAAGACUGCCCCUGACGCCAGCUCUAGGUAGAACAAUCAUCGCAGCCGCCAACCCCGAAAUGGGCUGUCUUCUCCCAGUCAUCGACAUCGUAGCCUGCUUCAGUGUCGAAAACAUCUUCCUCGAAGUCAAAGACCAAGACGCCAACGACGAAGCCAGAGAAGCACGGAAAGCGCUUUUCCGCCGUCAAGGAGAUCAUUUGACCCUCCUCACCGCCGUCCAAGCCUAUGCCUCCGAACGCACCGAUCGCAAAGCAUGGGCCCAAAAACACCUCGUCUCCCACCGCGCCAUGCAAUCAGUAAUGGACGUCCGCAAGCAACUCCGCGCCCAAUGCCAACAAGCCAAACUCCUCAGCCCCUCGGAUCUCGCCAAUGCCGAAGACGAUCUCGACACCAUCUCCGAAUCCACCGCCGACAAUAUCCUAAAAUGCUUUUUACGUGGUUUCCCGUCCAAUGUGGCCAGACCGAUCCCAGAUGGAAGUUACAGGACCAUUGAGGGACAUGUGGCUGUGGCUAUUCAUCCCAGCAGUGUGCUUUAUGGUAGGAAGUUGGAGGCGAUCUUGUAUAACGAGUUUGUUUAUACUAAUAGGACUUAUGCGAGGGGUGUCAGUGCUGUGCAGAUGAAUUGGUUGGAGGAGAUUUAUGCUGCGCCUGCGUAGAUUGUGUGGGUAUGAAGUACAAACAUACAUAAUAGAGUAAAUGCGUUGUCAUGGAGUUUGUUUCUGACAC